CUUCCUAUAAGUUGCACACUACAUCGUCUGGCGCAGGGCAUUAGACAUUUGCUGCUGCCUUUUCAAGGAUUUAACGUGCACACAAUUGUAAAAAGGUCGGAUAGUCAGGAAAACUGCACCGGAUCUGAAUUAUUCUGAAAUAUUGUGGAUUCUUGAAUAUUUGUGGAGGAGAAACACUAGUUAAUAAUAUUAUUGCUUCAUUUGACAUUCGAUAUUCUUGGUGUCCAAGAACUUGUCAAAUCCAAAAUGGCAGAUGAAGGAUCUAGCCCUGUUCGAGAAGAAGAGGAAAUGAGCCCCAUGCCGGAACGGGAGGAGGUGGAGUCCAUGCCGGAUGGGGAGGAGGUGAGUCCGAUUCCGGAAGUGGAGGCGGUGAGUCCCGUACCGGAAGAGGAGGCGGUCAGCGCCGUGCCAGAAGGGGAUGAGGUGAGCCCCGUGCCGGAGGGGGAGGCGGUCAGCCCCGUGCCAGAAGGGGAUGAGGUGAGCCCCGUGUCGGAAGUGGAGGCGGUGAGUCCCGUGCCGGAAGGGGAGGAGGUGAGCCCCGUGCCGGAAGGGGAGGCAGUCAGCCUCGUACCAGAAGAGAAAGAUGUCAGUCCCGUGACAGAGGGGGAACAGGUACAGCCCUUAACUGACUGUGAUCACGUGAAGGAAGUGGCCCCUCUACCGGAGUGUAGUCUGAACGUUGAGGACCCUUGUACCGAGUGCAACGCUACCGGAGAGAACUGGGUCUGUCUCGUCUGCUACCAGGUGUUUUGUAGCCGCUACGUGAACAGUCACAUGGUGAAACACGGGGAGGAUGCUGACCACCCUGUUGUGUUGAGCUACGCAGACCUGUCCGUCUGGUGUUAUAAGUGCGAAAACUAUCUCGAUAAUGAGGUCUUGACACCUAUCAAGAAUGCUGCACACAAGAGCAAGUUCGGUUCUGAGCUGUGAAAGCUGUGUCUGACCAUCCUUAGAACGAUAUUUCAAAACAUCUUUUAUGUAAAUUGCACUUUUAAUUGUAAAAGCUUUAAUUGUAAAAUUAUCACGUGCCACUGCUUGCAAUAAAUGUGAUACAUUGCUUUUAAACAUUUUAUUGGGUGAUCAAUUGUAUCUGUACCGUUUCAACUGGGAACCGUGAUUCCGUUGGUAUACAUAGUGCUUAAUUUAAAGCACACUUAUAUUAUUUAAGAUCCGCUUAAUUAAUGUUGACAGAAUCGAACAUAUUGUAUUUAUGUGAAUUUGCAUAAUGCAAAGUUAACAUAAUAAAGUAAACUGGAAUUUGACUCACGGGAGUUCGUUCAGCGUGCAUCCAUUUGUGCUGGAUUAAUUAUUUUAAUAAGAUUGCAUAUCAAUAGCUGUGUGCUCCAAUGAUGUCAGAGAAACGGAUAUACAUGAUUAGUAAUCAAUUAUAUAAAACUGCUUUGUUAAAACAUUAAACCAAAACUGUUUAUAAGAUUAAUUUCAAUCGGAAAUGUCGAGGUUUGUCUGAUGAAUGUCAAUCAGUUAUGUUAAAUCAGAGAAACCAACGUAAGUAUGUUUGCAUCCUUUGUUUACGGUCAAGAAACAACCAACCACGUCUGUGCAUUCUCGGUUCAUUUAAGUUGUAUGAACUACUGUUUGCUUAGGGUUUAGAAAAAUAACGAAAUGUGUGCUUGAAAGUGUGAUAUAAAAAGAUGUAUGCAUGCUUAAUUAAUAACAUUGUAUCUCACAUGUCUAUGUUUAUCUGUUACAACAAUACAUAUCUGUCCGCAUGUGUUGAAUAAAGUUAAAGAAGAUAUCAUGAGUGAGUGAUUUGUUAGACAAUUUUACAUGUUUAUGUGUGCUUGACUUAAAUUAUAAGAAACUAAUGUGUGUUAAAAAUUAGUUGAUGAAUUGAUUUCUAUUUAGAAUUUUCCAUGUAAGUGUGCACAUAAAUGAGUAACUAAAAUAUGUGCUAGUUAAAUGAGUAUAUUUCAUGUGUGCUUGAUAAAUGAGCUACUAUCAUAUCAUGUAUGUGUACUUAAUGUUAAAGAAAAGCACAAUAUUCCUAUGUAUACUUGAUCAAUAAGCGAGAAACUGACUUUUUUUAUAGAGAAUAUUGAUUUUUUUUAUAAUGUUUUUAAAGAAUUGUACUAAAUUCCUGUUAGAAAACGAGUAUGCAUUUCAUGGAAGAUUAAUCAAAGCAUAUGUGUAUAAAUGAAACAAAUAUUGUAUAACUUGAAUAUUGCUUAAUGAGUAUUAGUGCAUCUAUAAGAGACCAUGAAAGAUAUGUGUAUUUUGGUGAUUUUUUCUGAUGUCUUGAUUUACAGGCAAUCUUACUAGGAAUGCAAGGUCACCUUACAGCUUCCUGAAUAUUAUUACCCGGCAUUCAGUUACUUACAGCAUUCAGUUACUUACCGCAUUGAUCAAUGUUGUGAUUUUAUUGUUGAGUAUUGCUGUACCAAUGGUUGUAAAUUGUUGAUGUUGUAAUUGUAAUUAAAUCUUUCACCAUUUUCUAGACAUGUUUAAUAAAUAUUUCUAAAACAGACAUCUUCUGAUCAGAUGACAUUACUGCAAGGAAAAAAGACAUUAGGGAAAAUAUUGUAAUUGUGUUAAACAAAUAUCAAGUUUGUCGCGAAAAACUGAGAACAGACAAAGCACAAACUUUGGCAAGGGUUUAUGUAUAUUUUACAUUCAUAAAGCAUUUACUUCUUGAUAAUAAGCACAACUGAUUCAAAUGGGAAGGUCAUAUUUGCAUAAAAAGCUAUGAAAUAUGUACUACAAAACUUUUUUUCCCAAAAAGAUGCCAUACAAAAAACAUGCCAAAGUUGUACAAUCUAUAAUAGUGAUAGAAAAAUACAAUGUAUACAAUGUAUUUCUUCACCAACCCAUUUAUAUUCUUAGUUUUCAUCUCAAUAACUAUACCUUGGCUGAAUUUUGUCUGUUUUCAUUUGGACUUCUUUAUUUGCAUUUAUUAUUAUUUUAAUAUGGGUACAACCAACUUCAAUAUCCCUUUAAAGCUAAAAUUGACAUCUUUUAUUUGUCUAGAAAUUCUUCACAUAUUGAUUUGAUGGUCUCGUGUUUCACUGUUAACAUUGAACACAUUUAGAAUACAGAAUUGUAACAGCUCAAGAAAGAAGAUGGUGUCAUCUGGAUCAAUAUUUUGUGUGUGAAAUUAAUUGUGCAUGCAUUUAAAUUAAACAGUGCACUGUUGAUUUGUGAUUUAAUAAAAGUAUUAAAUUAGAAA